UCGCUGUCUCCACUCUCCCCGCGCGCGCAACUGCAGAUCAGUCUCCACCACUCGUCGCCCUCGCGCGGUCGCGCCCGCCGCGGGCCGUCAGGCGGAACCGAACCGCAGAGGGAGGUCGGGGCACGGCAGGGACCAGCGUGACCGGCGACCGGCAUGGUGGGCUCGGCCGCCUACUCCGCGUCCGCCACCGUGGUGGCGAUGGCCAAGGGCAACGGCAACGGCAAGGGCGUCAGGGGCGGCGCCUCCGCGGGCGCCAACAAGGUGACACGGCCUCCUAGGAUUACUUCUAAUGUCAAGCAGAGCUUGAGGAUUCUAAAAUUUUGGAAGGAGUAUGAAAGGAGGCAAACUAGUGGACCUCAGCCUGCUACGAGGUACCGCAAAAAGAAAGUAAUGAAAGAAGUGCUUCCUGAUGACACAGACAUCUAUGAGGAUCCUUCUUCCACCCUUCAAUUGACAAAUGAGGGUUUGGAAAUUGCUUCACCAGUUAUUCUUGUGGAUGGCUACAAUGUAUGUGGCUACUGGGGAAAGCUUAAGAAGGAUUUCAUGAAUGGGAGGCAAGAAAUUGCUAGACAAAUGCUCAUUGAUGAGCUGGUAUCUUUCAGUGCAGUAAGAGAGGUAAAAGUUGUAGUUGUAUUUGAUGCUGCCAAUUCAGGGGUUUCUACACAUAAGGAAACAUAUAAAGGGGUUGAUGUUGUAUAUUCUGCCGACUUAUCUGCUGAUUCUUGGAUUGAGAAGGAGGUUGAAGCUUUAGUGGCAGAUGGUUGCCCGAAAGUAUGGGUAGUAACAUCUGAUGCAUUGGAGCAACAAUUAGCACAUGGAGAGGGUGCUCUUAUCUGGAGCUCUAAAAGAUUGGUCAAAGAGAUAAAAGAAUCGGAAAAGGAACUUGAUCUGGAGCUGAAGGAAACCAGGUCAACUUCGUUGCAAGGAAAACUUUUGCAGCACAAGCUGAAUCCAAAAGUAGUACAUGCAUUAAAAGGUCUCAGGAAUAAGCUUGAAGAACAAGAGCGGAGAAAGAAGUGACCACUAACUAUUGGACGGUGAUGGUUGACAAAGAGAGGAAGAGAACAGGUGUACAUAAGUGCAUUUUCGUGUGAACAUCCACUAACAUCGGAUCCAUUGACAGCUAAUAGAGCAACUGAGCAAGUUCGAUGCGAGCGCAAAGACUGCUACGAGAAGAGCAUCAGAGUAUGCUAACAUCAUGUAAAAAACAAAGGAAUCUAGCUUUAUUUGGGGCGCAGUCAGCUUUGUGUAAAAACUAUCAGUUCGAUGCUUGGAUCAGAGCCCCAUGGUCCGUGGAAAGAAAACCAUGAGCUGUAUAGUAAUGCAACUUAGCUGCUGAUGUUUUCAGGCAUGUGAAUGUGGGGAACUCAUCAGUUAGUGAAGUUCUGGCUGUAUACCUGUAGAUUUUGGAGAUGAGGAAACUAUAUAUGUGGAUGUAUAGGGAAUUCAUCGGUCGAACAAAUGUUAGCUGUAGGCCUGUAAAUUUUGGAAAUGAGAAAACUAUACAUUUUGGAAAUGAAGAAAUUUUGGCUGUUAUGCCUGUAGAGUUUA